AUGAAACAUGCCAAGCAAAAGAAUUAUGGGAACAAAGUGCACCGUGCAAAGAUACAGAACAGUGGGAACAAAGUGGGCCGUGCCAACCGACAGAACCGUGGGGACGAAGUGGACCCUACAAACCACAAGGACAGCUGCCUUGCGAUCCAGCAUAUGCCAGGAAAGAAAAAAGUCCCAGUUCUCGACCAUUACUCUGUGAACCAAGGUUGCCGUGCGAUCCAGUCUAUGCUAAAGAAGAAAGAAGUGCCAGUGCUCGACCACAACCAUAUGAACCUCGACUGCCAUACGAUCGACCAUCUGCCAGAGAAGAGAGAAGUCCCAGUGCUCGACCACAACCAUAUGAACCUCGACUGCCAUACGAUCGACCAUCUGCCAGAGAAGAGAGAAGUCCCAGUGCUCGCCCAGUCCCAUGUGAACCCAGAUUACCAUGUGAUCCACCAUAUGCAAGACCAGAAACAAAUCCCAGAAAUCGACCACAACCAUGUGAACCUAGACUGCCAUGCGAUCCACCAUAUGCUAGAGCAGAAAAAAGUCCUGGUGCUCGACCAUUACCUUGUGAACCAAGGCUACCCUGCGAUCCGCCAUAUGCAAGACCAGAAACAAAUCCCAGAAAUCAACCACAACCUUGUGAACCUCGACUGCCAUGUGAUCCACCAUAUGCAAGACCAGAAACAAAUCCCAGAAAUCGACCACAACCAUGCGAACCUAGACUGCCAUGCGAUCCACCAUAUGCAAGACCAGAAACAAAUCCCAGAAACCGACCACAGCCAUGCGAACCUCGAUUCCCAUGCGAUCCACCAUAUGCUAGAGCAGAAACAAAUCCCAGAAACCGACCACAACCAUGCGAACCAAGAUUACCAUGUGAUCCACCAUAUGCAAGACCAGAAACAAAUCCCAGAAAUCAACCACAACCUUGUGAACCUCGACUGCCAUGUGAUCCACCAUAUGCAAGACCAGAAACAAAUCCCAGAAAUCGACCACAACCAUGUGAACCAAGACUGCCAUGCGACCCACCAUAUGCAAGACCUGAAACAAAUCCUAGAAACCGUCCACAGCCAUGCGAACCUAGACUCCCAUGCGAUCCGCCAUAUGCAAGACCUGAAACAAAUCCUAGAAACCGUCCACAGCCAUGCGAACCUCGAUUCCCAUGCGAACCAGCAUAUGCAAGACCAGAAACAAAUCCCAGAAACCGACCACAACCAUGCGAACCAAGAUUACCAUGUGAUCCACCAUAUGCAAGACCAGAAACAAAUCCCAGAAAUCGACCACAACCAUGCGAACCUAGACUGCCAUGCGAUCCAGCAUAUGCUAGAGAAGAAAGAAGUCCCAGUGCUCGCCCAAUGCCAUGUCAACCUAGAUUCCCAUGCGAACCACCAUAUGCAAGACCAGAAACAAAUCCCAGAAAUCGACCACAACCAUGCGAACCUAGACGGCCAUGCGAUCAAUCAUAUGCUAGAGAAGAAAGAAGUCCUAGCGCUCGACCACUACCAUGCGAACCUAGAUUCCCAUGCGAACCAGCAUAUGCAAGAGAAGAAAUUAGUCCUAGAGCUCGCCCAGUACCAUGUGAACCUAUGCUGCCAUGCGAUCCAACAUAUGCAAGUGAACAAGGAAACACGUGUGACCGACAACAAUGUCAACAAUUUGGAUCAAAUGGAAUGGAAAUGA